AUGGAUGAUUUUCUUCCGCCCGGGAUGCAUGUCAUCCCCUCUGAGUUGCUCGAUACACGCCCCGACGGAGAUAUCGACUUUGACCUGGCUCAACCCCCGCCAGUGACUGGCGUCAAAAACAUUUGGUUUUUUUGGCACUCUGGCUACGCCAGCAUGCACCCAUACACGCAGCGGACCGUGCGCGCAUGGCACCGUCGAUUCUCCAAGCAAGGAUGGACUGUACGCAUUAUCGACCGACAACCUGGCUCAAAAAGCAAUAUCGACGAGUUUCUGGAUGUCAGUGAUCCCGAACUAUUCCCACAUGCCUUCACCAACGAGACUCUCACUGGUGCAUACGCACUACAGCACACUUCAGACCUUGUGCGUUGGCCGCUUCUCCUGCGGUAUGGUGGGGUCUACGCUGAUGUAGGGUUGAUGCAAAUUGGAGAUUUGGAUAAGCUGUGGAAUGAUUUUAUCGCAAACCCGGACUCUCCCUAUGAGGUACUGUCCUACACGUCUACUGGCAGCGAUUAUUACAACUUAUGUAAUUAUUUCCUCGCCGCGCUGCCAAAUAACGCGCUCUUCGCGCGCUGUCAUUCUUUACUUCUUGCGCUUUGGGGAGCAGAUGGUGGCAAGACCUCCACUGAAGGGAUGCAUGCUAGCCCGUUAUUGCGAGGUGCUCCGCUGAUGGGAGGCAAAUUCACGAUCACAGAAAAAGAUGGAACUUUCAUCGGACCCGACGAAGUCAGCCGCAUUUUGACCGAUUAUAUCAUCCAAGGCCAGGUAGCCACAGCGGUAAUGGGACUGGUCGACACCGAAGAUAAAUGGGAUGGACCAUCCUAUUGCAUGGAACAUUUUUAUGCGAUAGAUUUUAUGGAAGGGUCACAGCUCAUCAAUGAGCUAACAGACUGGGACGGACAGAAAGCGUUCGAUCUAAUGUCAUUAUCUAUGCCGAAAGAGGGCGAAAUAGAGUCCAAUGAACAAGAAAAGGCUCGCGAAAUUGUCGAGGCUUGUCUUUCGCGCAGCUUUGGGUUCAAACUUGCACACGGCCUCAUACUACGGGUUUACAAAGCCACUCUUGGUUCGCUAUGGCGGCAAAAUCCUGACUCCGAUAUUGUGAAUGGCACAUACGCUGCUUGGCUUCGACAUGGAAUUUCGUACUGGAACCAAAACAUGGUCCCCAAUCGAGUAGUGCUGCCAUCAAUUCCGCCGACAAAAGUUGGGAGAUUACUCGAAAAUACUGAAUAG